AAAAGCGGCGCUUAGCGGGCGCAGCUUUGUCUUGGGCUGCGGGGCCCGUCGCCGGUAGCCGCCUGCUUGGCGGUGUGUGUGUGUGUUUGGGGGGUGUCGGCUGACCCUCCCCGCUUCCUUUCCCUUCGCCUCGGGCUCCGGCAGCCCCAAACCCGGGUUGGCGCUGGGCAGCUUAGGGGGCGGCCCAAGUCGGAGCCUCGAAUCCCUCGGGAGCGGGGGUUGGGGGGGGGGAAGAGAGGGUGAAGUUUGCAAACUGGCUGCGGGCAGAACCGGUCGUGAGAGGCGAGCCAACAGCUGCUGGAGGGGGUGGCUCGGAGGAGAGGCUUUUUGGGGCUGUCUGAAAUGGCUGUAAAGACAGUUCCUGGGUUUGUGCGACCUCUUAACCCCUUCUGUCUGUCCGUCUCCCUCCACCACCUCCCUCGCAGCACCCCCAAGCCGGGGUACUCCUCUCUCAUUGUCUGCUUCGGGCGACUUUUUAGGAUCGCACGGGCCACACGGCUUUGAUGACUUCCUGUGCAGCAUUGCAGUUCUUUUGUGAGGCUGUAGAAACCGGUCUAAAUUAGCUCUUCGUUGACAAGUAGGGCUUCAACAGUGAAUGUGUGCCGGUCCAACAAAAGUCCCUGGGUCUGUUUGACUUGUUCAAGUGUCCACUGUGGAAGGAUUUGGGAAACCUGAAAAUACUUUGUACAGAUAACUUAAAAAGAGAGAGAGAGAGAGAGAAGAAAAUUAGAAGCACUUAAAUUCUGCACUUGAAGAGGCAGAUUCCUCUCCUAGAUUUUGAGAGCUUGUAGUCGGCUUCAUAGACAGAGGUCUCAAGUGUUAAUUAUUUAAAGUCCAAUGAAAAGAAAUGGAAAAAGACCAUGAUGAAAUUCUGGGGUGAGUUACCAGUGCCCUGGCUACAUUGAGUUUUCCUGAGCUUGCGGCUGGUGCUCCCUGCUUAGCACCACUGUCCUGCUUUGCCUAAGGUAUGUUAAUGGUCAUGCAAAGAAACAUUAUGAAGACGCACAAAUACCUUUAACCAACCAUAAGAAGUCAGAAAAACAAGAAAAAGUUCAGCACACAGUGUGUAUGGAUUGCAGUAGCUACAGUACAUUCUGUUAUCGCUGUGAUGAUUUCGUGGUUAACGACACCAAGCUGGGACUGGUACAGAAAGUCAGAGAACACUUACAGAACUUGGAAAACUCAACUUUCACAGGUGACAGACAUAGGAAAAGAAAACUUUUGGAGAACUCCUCAUUAAACAGCAAGUUGCUAAAAGUAAAUGGAAGCACUGCUGCCAUCUGUGCCACGGGCCUGCGGAACUUGGGGAACACGUGUUUCAUGAAUGCCAUCCUGCAGUCACUCAGUAACAUUGAGCAGUUUUGCUGUUAUUUCAAAGAACUGCCCGCUGUGGAGUUAAGGAAUGGGAAGACGGCAGGAAGGCGAACAUACCACACCAGGAGCCAAGGGGACACCAAUGUGUCUCUGGUCGAAGAGUUCAGAAAGACACUCUGUGCUCUGUGGCAAGGCAGCCAGACUGCGUUUAGCCCUGAGUCCUUAUUUUAUGUUGUUUGGAAGAUUAUGCCGAAUUUCAGGGGCUACCAGCAGCAGGAUGCCCAUGAAUUCAUGCGCUACCUUCUGGACCACCUACACUUGGAACUCCAAGGCGGGUUCAAUGGGGUUUCCCGCUCGGCAAUUCUGCAGGAGACUUCUACUCUGUCUACAAGUAGCAAAUGCUGCAUAAAUGGAGCAUCUACUGUUGUUACGGCUAUAUUCGGAGGCAUUCUCCAAAAUGAGGUUAACUGCCUCAUAUGUGGGACAGAAUCUAGGAAGUUCGACCCGUUCCUAGACCUUUCAUUGGAUAUUCCAAGUCAGUUCAGGAGUAAGCGCUCUAAGAAUCAAGAGAGCGGGCCGGUUUGCUCAUUACGAGAUUGUCUCCGAAGUUUUACCGACUUGGAAGAACUCGAUGAGACAGAGUUAUAUAUGUGCCAUAAAUGCAAAAAGAAGCAAAAGUCCACAAAAAAGUUUUGGAUUCAAAAACUACCCAAGGUGCUCUGCUUGCAUCUGAAAAGAUUCCACUGGACAGCGUACUUAAGGAACAAAGUGGACACAUACGUAGAGUUUCCACUGAGAGGCCUAGAUAUGAAAUGCUACUUGCUGGAGCCUGAGAACAGCGACCCUGACAACUGCCUGUAUGACCUUGCCGCGGUGGUGGUGCACCACGGCUCUGGGGUCGGUUCUGGACAUUACACAGCAUACGCCACCCACGAAGGCCGCUGGUUCCAUUUCAAUGACAGUACUGUGACACUGACGGACGAAGAGACCGUGGGCAAGGCCAAGGCCUACAUCCUUUUCUAUGUGGAACACCAGGCCAAAGCUGGAUCGGAUAAACUUUAAUACCUCCUCCAAAUCAUCACUCAUCAACUAUAGAGGACAAGCAUUUCCAGUUUUCCAUAAAUACUUGAUCCAAGAUUUAAUUUCAUUGUGCACUUUUCAAUUUCUCUUUGGGGUUUAGUUUCAUCAGUGGUAAUGACUUACUGAACAUGGGCACCAACUAAUUUUUUUUGUUCUACCAGAAAACCUCAGCAGACAUUUUGAUUUGCUGCUUUAGUUGUAAUUCAAUUUUUAUGUGUAGUUUCCAAAAUUUAGUUCUAUUUGACUUUUUUGUAUUAAUGUUUUCAGUUCUCACUCUGAGGCACAUUUGCAUACAUGCUUUUGUUACCCUCACACGUUGAAAACAAGAAGUGUUGCCGGUCGCGGGGUGACGGAAGGGCCGCUGCGUGGAGGCUCGUGGGUUCCCCGCACACAGCCCUCAGUGCCUUGUGUGGGCUUCGUCCCGGCUGCCUGUGAUCAGGGACCCGAGGGCAUCACUGAGCAGACCAGGUAACCGCUCCUCUGCGUGUCUCUCAGGGCUGCUGUUCAUCAGCACUAACUCAAUAAACCUGUUGGUUCUGUUGUACCUGCA